AUGUCUUCUGCGAGUCACGAUCAACAGCCAGUCAAGCUUUCUUUGCCCCUAGCUUACCAACAAGAACUUUUUCAAGAGCUAAGGCAAAAAGAUGAACUCGUCAUAAUAGCUCGUGGUCUAGGACUACUUCAUCUUGUCGCAAACCUUCUUCACUCGUACGAUGCAGCUGGCGACAACCUUAUAUUGCUAGUUGGAGCAGAUGAUAGAGAGAAUGGAUGGGUUGGUGAAGGACUGGCCGAACGUGCGGCCAUCAGCAUGGCACCGAAAGCAAGAGGGCUUUGUGUGGUCAAUACAGACAACAUGAGCGUCAGUACUAGAGGAAAGAUGUACGCACAGGGUGGUAUAUUCAGUAUCACAUCUCGAAUCUUAGUAGUCGAUCUAUUGACGAACUUAUUGAACUCUACCACUAUAACUGGGCUGAUUGCAUUGCAUGCUGAUCGAAUUGUUGCUACUUCUCUAGAAGCAUUUAUAAUAAGGAUUUACAGACAACGAAACAAGGUUGGAUUCUUGAAAGCAUUUUCAGAUAACCCUGAGCCUUUUACGACUAGAUUUUCUCCUCUAUCUACCAUGAUGAAAACUCUUUUCCUACGAAAUGUUUCGUUUUGGCCGCGUUUUCAAAUACUAGUUGCUCAAGCGUUAGAGGGGAAAAAAAAAGCAGAGGUCAUUGAACUAGAAGUCCCAAUGUCCGAAUCCAUGCGAGAUAUUCAGAAUGCUAUAAUGGAGUGUGUAGAAGUAAGUGUGGGAGAGCUUAAGAAAAGUAACAUUGGGCUGGAAAUGGACGAUUGGAAUGUCGAUAGUGCUCUUCUUAAGCAAUUUGACUCAGUGAUUCGGAGACAAUUAGAUCCUGUGUGGCAUAGGAUAAGCCGCAAGACAAAACAAAUUGUAAACGAUCUCAGUGUUCUACGAGGAAUGCUCCACUCCCUUCUCACAUAUGACGCCGUUUCAUUCAAUCGACACUUAGACACGAUCCUUGCAGCACACUCACCUCCACCAGGCUCUACUAGACAAAAUCAAUCUCCUUGGUUAUUUCUUGAUGCAGCACACACCAUUUUUGAUACUGCAAAACGAAGAGCUUACUCUGGUAAGAUCUCCGGGGUUAAUGCAGAUGAUAUCGAAUCUCUCCGGCCGGUUCUUGAGGAACAACCUAAGUGGGCCGUUCUUGCGGAUGUUCUUGAAGAGAUUGAACAGGAUCUAAAUCUCAAUCCUGGAACACGAGAUGGCUCUAAUGGAAGUAUUCUGAUUAUGUGUACUGAUACCGCACAGUGUCGGCAGUUGAAAGAAUAUCUACAAAGUAUGCAUAUUAACCUGGAGGCUGAGGCUGCCGUCGAUGAUAAGCAAGAGCCCUCCGCUGCGUUGAUGAUGCGGAGAAAACUACGAGAUUAUUUAAAAUGGAAAAAAGAAUUUUUAAGGAUCAGCGUGAAUCUCUUUGCUCAGAAUGAUGCCGAUUUACAUAAUACAGCCAAUCUUAUGAGUCGAAAACCGACUAAUUUCCGGGGUAAGCCUCCUAACAAGAGAAGGAGAGUAAGAGGAGGAGGAGGAGGAGGAGCUACUAAUUCAGGACCCUCACGGGCAGCUAAUGGUAGUAUGCAAUUAGAAAAAGAAAUUCCUCUAGACACAACUGUCCUCAUGUCUGAAAUACAGCCCACUGAGGUAGAGACAGCUCAUAAAGAAGAAAUUGUGGCGGAUCCACUGGAUGAUAUGGAGACCUAUUACCAGCUUUACGAAAUGCAAGAUCUUGUCGUGAUUCAUACUUAUGAUGGCGAUAUCGAUGAACAUGUCUUGGAGGAAGUGAGGCCUAAGUAUGUCAUUAUGUACGAGCCUGAUGCAGCUUUUGUCCGGCGAAUAGAAGUGUACCGCUCAUCACAUAACGAUCGGAAUGUGAAAGUAUAUUUUAUGUACUAUGGCGGUUCAGUAGAGGAACAGCGAUAUCUUUCAUCAAUUCGUCGAGAGAAGGAUUCUUUCACUAAACUCAUUAAACAGAAGUCUUCCAUAUCUAUAGUACACACUUUAGAUGGUCAAGAGGUAGAAGAUUCUCAAGAAGCUUUUCUUCGCACAGUUAAUACCCGGAUCGCAGGCGGUGGACGGCUAGCAGCUACUGCACAACCACCGCGAGUGGUAGUGGAUGUUCGAGAAUUUCGCUCUUCGCUACCCUCACUUUUACAUGGACGUAACAUGAUUGUUAUACCGUGCAUGUUAACAGUUGGUGAUUACAUACUUUCCCCUGCUAUCUGCGUUGAACGCAAGUCAAUCAGGGAUCUAAUUUCUUCGCUAAGUAAUGGAAGAUUAUAUCACCAAGCUGAGAUGAUGCUGCAGUACUAUAAAUCGCCCAUGCUCCUUAUUGAAUUUGACCACAACAAGUCAUUUACACUAGAACCAUUCGCUGACCUCUCUGGAUCUCUAUCCUCAAUAUCAGCCACAAAUGCAUAUUCAGAUCUCCAAUCCAAAAUUGUGCAACUCACGCUCGCCUUCCCCCGCCUUCAGAUUAUUUGGUCAUCUUCACCCUAUCAGACCGCUGAAAUUUUCGAAACUCUAAAAACGCAGGAGGCCGAGCCAGAACCGUUGACAGCUGUGAAAAUUGGCCUCGAGAAUGGCCAAAAUACUGAUGAUCAAAGUUUUAAUCGAGAGCCUCAGGAUAUGCUACGAGCAGUGCCUGGCGUUUCAGCUAAAAAUAUUGGCAACUUGAUAGCAAAAAUCAAUAGUCUCCGAGAAGUCUCAAAUACAAGUUCAGAGAUCUUUCAGGAACUGGUUGGAAAAGAGGCUGGGCGACAAAUAUAUCGAUUCUUUAAUCAAAGUGUUUUUGAAUAG